AUGCAAGAGAAGCUCUCGGCUAUUAUUUGGCUGCUGCCCGCAUCCGAAAAAUUUCGCGAAAAGGCCGCUUCCAAGCUGGAUUUUUUGAGAUGCGCGGCAGCGGCAGCGGCGGCGGCGGCGGCUGCUGUCUGUGCUUUCUCGCUCUGUGCUCCUCUCUCUCGCUCGGCUUCCAACCUCCAACCGUUAUCGCAACCAGGACACCAUCCACCGCUCCUUUCCGCAUCACCACCAUCCUUCUGCCUCCGCCGCAUACCCACUCGUCAUACCCCGCGGAGUCUGCGCGCUCGAUACCCUCAACCGCACCGCUCGAAUUCGAAUUCACCCGCACCGCCUUGCUUUGACAAUCCACCACACCCAGCACGCCCCACCCAGCCAGCCAACGACAAUGUCCAGCCUUCAGCCUUGAACAAUCGCACUUUUACGCACGUUCGUAACGCCGCCAUGUCGUACCUCGGCACCCUCGCCGUCAACUUUGGCCGUGUGGCCACGUUCAUUCAGGUGCUCUUCUACCUGCCUCUCGCGCUCGACAUCGCCGGCCAGGAUGCCUUCCUCGCGCUCUCGGCCUCGCUCGCUUCCUACUACCUCUUCCUCUCCACCGUGCGCCUCCUCACCAAUGGCACGAGGCUAGCGUGGAUCGGCCAGACGCUCGCCGUCUUUCAGUUCGUCGUCGUCCCCGCCUGCCUUCUCGUCUGCUUCAACGUCUACUCGCCGCCCUCUGCCACCAUCUUCCCGCCGCGCAGACCCGACAGCCUCGACAAGACCGCGAGCGAGGCCAUCAGCAGCCUCUUCACCCGCAGCUCCAGCCGCACCGCCCACCUCGACCCAGAUGCGCUGGACGACCUCCACUCGCUCACCGGUGUAGCCUGGCUAGACCACCUCGUAUCCGCCUCGGUAGCCUUCUUCUUCUGGCUCGCACGCCGCGUGCCCCGCUGGUGGCACACGCUGCUGCGCAUCUCGAGCCCCUUCUUCAGCCUGCUCGAGGGCGUCGCAUCGCUGCUCGUCAUCCAGUCGCUCGCAUCCACCUCACGCUGGAUCAUCGCCUCCCUGCUCGAGGGCGUCGCAUCGCUGCUCGUCAUCCAGUCGCUCGCAUCCACCUCACGCUGGAUCAUCGCCUCGUCACUCGCGGCGCCUUCCGCCCGAUACCCGCCGCGCGCCGCAGCCCGAGGCCAGUCGCAACCCAAGAGCGCCGCGUGGGUGUCCAACACGUUCAUCAUGCGCUCGCUCGCCUCGAUCGGGUUUGGCGCGAGCGAGGUGUGGCAGAUCUUCUUCCUGCUCGUCUCGGCGACCAUCUACGUCACCGCCGCCUUUGCGCUCUACGUCUCCUUCGACGGCGCCACCAAGGACCGCCCGGGCACGGCAGCGGCCAUCGCCACCUCGGUCACCUCGACGCUGUGGCUCACCGCCAUCGCAUUUGCCAUGCGCAAGGGCAACGUGAUCGAGACGAGCCUCAUGUUCGCCUACGUGGUGUUCAACAUUUACCAGCUCGGACCCAGCCUGUCCUUCACUCCGGAUCCCAUCUCGCUCAUCCGCAGCUUUAAGGUGGACACGCACGCGCGCACGUUUGUCGACAAGCUGCCUCGCUCGCUCCAGGCCUCGCUCACGGGCAAGCUGCUCCAGGCGGCGAGUGGGCUGGUCGAGGUGAUUGCGCACUGGCUUGGCCAGUCGGUCGACUUUCUGCACGCCGCGGCGGCCGCGCUGCCCAAGUCGGUGAUUGUGUCGCUCGUGUACAGGCUCAUGGUGCUGUACGCGGCGAGUCGCAUCCUGCCCAUGCUCAAGGGCAGCGUGGCGCCGCGCGAGCCGGCGGAGCGCGAGCACAUCGCCGCACAGUGGGGCCGCACAAGCCGUCAGGCCGGGGAGGACGAGAGCGACUGGAGCAGCUCGUCGGGCACAGAGUCGGACAGCUCGUCCGAAGAGGGUACCGAGGUGGAGGAGCUCGAGGAGGAGGUGUGGGAUGACGACGAGGGGCGGUGGGUGCUGCAACGGCGGCGGUUGAGGCGUCGGACACGAAGGCGCACGCCCAUGGAUGCCGCCGUCGACACCGAGAGCGAGUCGGACACGGAUGGCGCAAAGUACUCGGAGGACGACAGUGGCAUCGCCUACCACGAGCCGUCGCUCGCGGAGCAGCUCAAGGAGCCCGAGCCGGGCAUCGAGGCAACGCUUCAGUCUGCGCCGUCGACUGCGCCGCGCGGGGCAGGUGCGGGGCGGACACGCGGAAAGCCUCGACGUCGACGUCGCGGUGCACCACGUGCGCCCGCAGCAUCGCCACCAGAAUCGACGCAUGAGGCGGUUGGCGAAUCGAGUGGAGUGCGCAAGCGGCCGAGCAUGUCGCGUCCGCCGUCGGCACGCACGCACAAACGCGCUCGCCCGACGACGCCCACUCGCGCCUCGCCGCACGCAGCUGCGGCGGCCGAAACGCCGCCGUUUGGUUCGGCCAUCUCGAUCGUCGUCUCCUACUCGCGCCUGAUCCUGAUUGCGGUGUACAGCCAUCUGCUGCUGCUGGACCAGGCGAAUCAGAUCUACUGGCGUUUCCUCACCGUCGCCAUCACGCUGCUGCUGUGGGGACUGGAAAUCGUCAUUGCCACCGAAGACGUCGUCGUUGGCGGCGUAGGCGAACUAGGCUCCGCCGCCGCCCGAUCGUAA